UAAUCCUGUUAGUCGAGGAGCGCGACGGGUGGUGGGGGUCGGUCGAUUCGGUCCGCGCGCUCCCAUUGGUCGAUGGGCGGGACCUCCCUCCGCCAAUAGCGCGGACCCGCGGCGUGGCGCGGUGGCUCAGUGUAGCCCCGGCCGGAUUGUUGAUCUAGUGUUACCCUCUAAUUCCGGAGCGCCGAGGAACCUCUGUUUUCUCAGUACAUCGAGCCGAAAGGAAACGGCCCGUUUGUUUUCACUUAAUCUCUGUGUAAACUCGCCGGUGUUGUGUGUCAUAAUAAGAGCGGGCCACUUCCUAACCUCACUUUUUUAUCGCGAACGUCUCGCCUCGACUCGGGCCGCUAAUACUGUUUGCAUACUAAACACCCGGACCUUCGGAUUACGUCUUGCUAUGCGUUAACCUCGUCUCGGAAAAUGCACACUCUGUUCGGCGACCAGAACGACUACCACCGCUACUACAGACAGACCGGAGGGUACCCCGGCACCCCAGUGGGCACCGCGUACCCUGGGUACGAGCAAUACGCGAGGUAUGGAUACACCACGCCGUACCCGCACCAGCAGCCGCUGCACGGGCCCUCCAAGGACAUGGUCAAGCCGCCGUACUCGUACAUCGCGCUGAUAGCCAUGGCCAUCCAGAACGCCGCCGACAAGAAGUGCACCUUGAACGGCAUCUACCAGUUCAUCAUGGAGAGGUUCCCGUACUACAGAGAGAACAAGCAAGGCUGGCAGAACAGCAUACGUCACAACCUCAGUUUGAACGAGUGUUUCGUCAAAGUGCCGCGUGACGACAAGAAACCCGGCAAAGGCAGCUACUGGACACUCGACCCGGACUCUUACAACAUGUUCGACAACGGCUCGUACCUCCGCCGCCGCAGAAGGUUCAAGAAGAAAGACGCUCUUAGAGAAAAGGAAGAAGCACUCAAACGUCAGCAGCAACAAGCGGAGGCGCAACUGUUGAAGCGACAAGACGACAAGACCACCAUCAGUCCCGUGCUGAGUUCCGACAUGAAACCCAAACAGUUGGAGUGCAAACCGAAGAAAGAACCUCAGGCGACAUUCAGUUCGUGUAUGAGCGCCAAGUACGCAUCGGGAGUUCCGGGACUCGACGUCAAACCGGUUCUGGAGCAGAGUCGUCUCCUGGAGCAGAUGGAGGUCCCCUUCAGCGUGGACUCGCUGAUGACGGGUUCGCAGGGCUACGGGAGAGUGCAGCCCCCGGUGUACAGUUACCAUUGCGCCCAGUACGACCAUGUGGACUCCGGUGGCGCAGUCCAGCAGUUCGCUCCGACCACCCCCUCGGGCAGACAUCCCACCUGGUACACCUCGGAUCCUGCGGAACUCUUCGAGCCCGUGCCCAACCCGUCGUGUCAGCUGGGCUUCCGAGCAGCCGCCUCGUCCUACUACCACCAGGAAACAGCCAAGUACUGA